AUGUCACGUCUGAGAUCAGAUGUUCAUUGUAUACAGGAAUAUACGAUGACCACUCCACCGUUUGUUCGUCAAGCUCAUUUAUCUUGGUUACCCGGCGCUUAUGGUACACCUCCACCGGCAAAUUCAGUUCAAGCCGCCUCCGGUAUUUGUAUUAUUCGUGGUAGAAAAAAUGAAGAUUUAAUCCCGGGUAAAAUGCCUAUCAGAAUUGGUGCAGGUUUUGUGCCUUAUAAAGGUGAAGAGUUUGGACUUCGUGAAUUUGAGGUGCUUUGUAAUACAAAUGUUUAUGCAAAUCAAGCUUUGUAUAAUUGGAUUCCUGCACGUAAUGGUGAAGUACCUGCUGGUGCAUUUCUGGCUGGAAUAACUGGUAGUGGUGAACCAUUGUAUAUAGCUCGUGCUACAAUAAAUGAUGAAGUAUGCGUUGGCAAAGUCAAUCGUUUGUAUAAGUGUGCACUACUUCCAUGGGGUAAUAAAGAACAUAAAUUAAGAGAAUAUGAAGUUCUUUGUUGUUUAGAAUAG